AUGCAACAGUCCUCCUCCUCCUCCUCCUCCUUCCUUCCCCCUCGUCUGUUCUCCCCUCCUGCUCUUCUCUCCUUUUUUUCCUCCUCUCCUCCCUCCUUCUACGUCUUCUUCUGCUCCUCCUCCUACUCCUCAUCCCUUCUUUUUCCUUCCUCUCCUCCUUCUCCUCCCCCUUUCCUCUUCCUCCUUAUUCUUCUUCCCCUCUCUCUCUCCCCUCUUCCUCCAUCCUCCGUCUCCUCCUCUCUGCUUCUUUUUCUUAUCCUCCUCCUUCAAUCUCCUCCUCCUCCUCCUCCUUCCCGUCGAAUUAUAGCAGAGGAAAUGAAGUGGACUUAUGGUCAAGGGCUAGAUUUGCUUACUCUCCCAUUUCAGCCCGAUGGAAUGUGUACACACAUGGAAAUUGUGUUGGAGUCGAUUGUUCACUCAAAAUGUUCCUCCAACACACCCACACGCAUCAGUCCUCCCCUGACCAAAAUGGCGAGUGGACUGAAUGCCCUCCAUCUGGCCUCCAAGGAGGGUCAUGUGGAAAUUGUGCGAGAACUCCUGCGUCGUCACAUCGAUGUCAAUCAGCCAACCCACAAAGGCAAUACUGCACUUCACAUCGCCAGUUUGGCUGGUCAAUUUGAAGUGGCCAAAGUGUUGAUUGAAAAUGGUGCUAUUGUCAAUGCCCAAUCACAGGUCAGUUGA